AUGGAUUCGAUUGGUAUUAGAAAUGAUUUCGGGAGAGCACGCGGUAAUCGUGCAAUCUUAGACGAUAGAAGAUCACGUGACAAAUCAAACAUACCUGCGCUAAUUCCUCAUGCGCCAUAUACAUCAACAGGCUCUUCAAGUAUUUAUCAUCGAAGAGCUCGUCCACUACCGUCAAUACCUACAACAAAUGUUGCAACACUAAGAAACGCUAUUGAAACAGGCCACAUGAAUGUAUCAGUAGGAAAUAAUAAUCGAAUGCGGUCACCAAGUCGUCAUAGUCAAACAUUACUUGAACGAACAACAAGAAACAAUAAUUCAAUAAAAAAUAAUGUUGUAAAUAAUUCAACAGUACAAGAUGUACCAACUAAAACAGUGACUGUUUAUACUAUAGCAUCUGUACCUCAAUCGAAGAAUAAUGAUGUGGAGGAAUCUGACGUGUUAGAAGGUUCAAUAAAUGUAAAAAGUACGAACCCUACUAUACCAUCAGUAAAUGAACCAAGUUUAAAAAAUGGUGGAUUAUGUGGUCUUCAAAAUUUGGGAAAUACUUGUUUUAUGAAUUCGGUGCUUCAGUGUUUGUCAAAUACAAAGCCACUUUUAUUAUUUUGUUUAAAAGAUAAUCUUAAUGAUCAUUUAAACAAAUCAUCAACAAGUGUUAUGAAAGGAGCUUUAAUGACAGAAUAUGCAAAUUUGAUUCGUAAAAUGUGGCUUUUACCGGUGGAGGGUCGGUCAGUUGUUAGUCCAUCAAGAUUUAAAAGUACCAUUGGAAAUUUUGCUUCACGCUUUACUGGUUACUCAGAACAAGAUUCACAAGAAUUUCUGAGAUAUCUUUUACAAGGUCUUAGCGAAGAUGUUAAUCGAGUACAGAAAAAGCCGGUUCCAUUAAUUAUUGAUGAAAAACAAGACGAACUGAAGAAAGAAAAAGAUCGCGCUACAACAAGCUGGGAUCGUUGUUUACGUUAUGAGAAUAGUCCUCUUGUUGAUAUCUUUGCUGGACAAUUAAAAAGUACUCUUGAAUGUUGUCACUGUGGAUAUCAAUCGAUAACAUUUGAUAUGUUUUGGGAUUUAUCAUUACCUCUACCACGUGAUAGAUCAUCGACGAAUCUACAAGACUGUAUUCAACUAUUCAUGAGUAAAGAAGAACUUGAUGGUGACGAAGAACCAAUGUGUAAUAGAUGCAAGAAAAAACGACCGUGUACAAAAAAAUUAUCAAUUCAAAAGUGUCCGGAAAUACUGGUUCUUCAUUUAAAGCGUUUUUCACAGAUGCGUGGCAGAACUAAAUUGAAUACACAUGUAGAUUUUCCAAUAACGAAUCUUAGACUUGAUCACUUAAAAGAUGUUAUGUCUAGCAGUUAUGAGGAAUGUGUGCCGACAUAUAAUUUAUUUGGUAUAUCAAAUCAUAGUGGCACAGUUUAUAGUGGUCAUUAUGUAGCUCAAUGUAAACAUCCAUUUACACAUGAUUGGCAUGAAUUCAAUGAUUCAUCUGUUCAUUUUAUCAGCGAUACUUCAAAUUUUAAUUUAAAAAAAAUGAAGAUUCCUAGUUUUAUUUCCGACAGUGUUAAUAUCACUUAUCAAUAUUUAAUAACUCGAGAUGGAUUUCUAAGUCAAAUAUUUGGAGAACAUUUGGAAAAUACAAUUGUUGGAUUUUGUUUAUUAAUUGUUGUUUUUCUCCUUUAUUAUCUCAUUCGACGAUCUCAAGCGAAAGUUCGAUCAAAUGAAAAUACAAACCGAUUUCGUAAACGUGAUAAAGUAUUACAUUAUGGAAAACGAUUCCUUCGAACGGUGCGAUCAUACUCAUCAACAGCUCGAAAUCGAAUUCGACGUAAAAACAAAAGACAAUCUCAUCAACAAAAACCAGGUUCAGAAUCAAACUAUAGAUUACCACGUAAACCUCCUGAAUUUUUACUUGAUACUGAUGGAGAUACAACAAAUACAUCAAAUCAAUAUCAUAUUCCGUCUGAAAUACUCUAUUUAUUAAAAAGUGUUAAAGUUUUUGGUCAUUUUGAACGGCCCAUUUUUCUUGAACUAUGUAAAUCUUUGGAAAGUAAAUUAGUGCUAGCUGGUGCUUAUCUUUUUCGUAUUGGCGAUGCUGAUGAUAGUCUAUAUGUUGUACAAAAGGGACUUUUACAUGUAUUUAUAACUGACGAAAGACAUCAUCGACAUUUAAUAAAAGAAUGUGUUGAAGGUGAUACAGUAUUUUCUCUAUUAAGCAUGGUCGAUGUAAUGACUCGUCAAAGCAAACCAUUUAAAACUGUUAGUUGUAAAGCAAUUGAAGACAGUGUUGUACUCAAAUUACCAGCCGAAGCUUUUCUUAAUGUAUUUAAAGAAUAUCCUGAAUGUAUGGUUCGAAUUAUUCAAAUAUCGAUGAUUCGACUUCAACGUGUAACAUUCCUGGCCCUUCAUAAUUAUUUGGGUCUAACCACUGAAUUAACUCAUUCAAUUUAUAUUAAUCCACAAUUUCAACCUACACAGGAUAAUCAUAGCCAUAAAUUAAAUAAUCAACGACGCCAUAGCCAUUCCAAUGUUAGUGUUCAUGGCGCAGAUAUUUCAAAGGAUGCAUUAAAUAAUAUUGAAGAGGAUUUAAUUGAUAAUGAAAAUAUACAAUCGUCAACAUCUGUUACAAUUGCAUCAUGCAAUUCGCCAUCAUCCUAUGAAACUCAAACAACACCAAUAUCUGCAAUGAAUGAUAAUAAAAAUGAAUUUGAAACUAUGGAAGUACCAUCGAGUACUGAACCAACAGUAUCCAUGGCAGUACCAACACAAACGCGUGCAGCUAAUUUUUGUAAUCAACGAUCCAUGAGUGUUAUUGAAAGUCGUCAUAUGAAACCAGAUUUCGAAGAAGCAGCAGCCCGGGCGCGUGUGAAAAACUCGUUAGAUACAACAUUUUUUGAAAAACAUAAAAUAAGCUAUCCAAAUGUGUCAAAUAAUCGAGCAACGAAUUCAUCGACUGCGCGGCGACGUGGAAGUUUUUCUGAUCCUGACAAUGCAAAUAUUUAUUCACGAUCAUUAGGAUCAGGUAGUGAUAGCGGCGGAAGUGAAUAUAAUGAAGGAAUCGAUGAUUCAGAUCUUCAAGUUGACUGGCCACAAAUUCGAAACGCUUUAGCAAAAGCACUCGGUUUCGAAGGAGACUUAGCGUUCCUUGAUGAUAAAGUUCAUUUACAUCGUCUACCUGAUAGAUAUACAUUAGUCAAAGAAGGUGAACAGUUGAAUAAAUUAUUUUUUGUCAUCCAUGGCUCCAUAUCAGCUUAUAUGAAAGAAAUCAGUGAUCCAAAAAAAGAACGUGUGAUGUUCACAAAUCAAGCUAAUGAAAUAAGUGGUCUUGUCAGUGUUCUUACUGGAGAACCAACAUUGUUUUCAUAUCGUACUCAUGGUUUAACAGAUAUCUGUACUAUAACAAAAGAAAAUUUUUAUGAACUGAUGCGUGUUCAACCAAAUCUUGUUUUACCAAUAGCAGCUAUGAUGGUUCAAAGAAUGUCUCCAUUAGUACGUCAGAUUGAUUUUGCUCUUGAAUGGAUGUUAGUUGAAGCUGGAAAAGCUCUAUAUCGACAAGAUUAUAAACCACAAAAUGUUUAUAUUGUUCUUAAUGGUCGUGUUCGAAGUGUUUUAUUAGCGCAAGAUAAAAAACGGCGAGAACUGAUCGGUGAACAUGGUCGUGGAGAAAUGGUUGGUCUUAUUGAAGUCUUAAUGGAAAUGCCAAGACAAUCGACAACAAUUGCUGUUCGUGAUACUGAAUUAGCUGUUAUUCCAUCUGGAUUAUUGAAUUAUAUAAAAUGGCGUCAUCCACGUGUUGUUUCUCACUUGAUUCAUGUACUAUCACAAAAAAUCUACGGCACGAUGCAAAAUACAUUGACAAACAGCGUUGGUUUAGCGAUGCCAUUGACUGAUGAUGAAUUUCAAGAUCAAGCAACAGUAAUAAAUAAAAAUUUAUCAACUGUUGCAAUUGUUGCUGCAUCGGAUGAUGUUCCACUUGAUGCUUUUACUUGUGAACUUGUUCAUAGUCUUAUAGCUAUUGGUCCAACACUGCAUUUAACACAACAGUUGAUUAUUGAUCGUUUUGGUGUUAGUGCAUUUGAAAGUAUUAAUGACUAUCGUUUAAGUGCAUGGCUUGGUCAACAAGAAGAAUUACAUAGAAUUGUUGUCUACCAAUGUGAUAAACAAUUAACACCAUGGACUAAACGAUCACUUCGACAAGCUGACUGUAUACUUAUUGUUGGUAUUGGAUGGAAAGAAGCAGUUAAAGGAUCAGUGGAAAAAGAAAUUGAACGGAUAGCUGUACGAGCUCAAAAAGAACUGAUACUUCUACAUCGUAUGGGUAGUUUGAAGCCAAAGGGUACUGCUGAAUGGUUAAAAGAACGAAAUUGGUGUACAUUUCAUCAUCAUGUUCGAUGUCCACAACGUGUUUUUCAAAAUAUUAAUUUAGGAUGUUUGAAUGAUUAUACAGAUUUACUUGAACCAGAUCCAGAUCCAACAACUGACUUUGCUCGUAUGGCUCGGUUUCUAACUGGUACAGCUAUUGGUCUUGUUUUGGGUGGUGGUGGCGCGCGUGGUAUUGCACAUGUUGGCAUGAUUCAAGCCAUGCACGAAGCUGGUAUACCUAUUGACUUAAUUGGAGGAACAAGUAUAGGAGCAUUUAUGGGCGCUUUAUGGGCUGAUGAAUUAAAUGUCAACGGUUAUGUCGAUAGAGCAACACAUUGGUGCAAAAAAAUGACAUCUUUUUGGAGAAAGCUUCUUGAUUUAACGUAUCCAAUAACAAGCAUGUUUACAGGAGCUGCUUUUAAUGAAAUAAUUGAAGAAGCUUUGCUUGAUGUUCAAAUAGAAGAUUUAUGGAUUCCAUAUUUUUGUAUAACAACUGAUAUUUCAGCGUCUAAAAUGCGUGUACAUACAACAGGAUCAUUAUGGCGUUAUGUUAGAGCAUCAAUGAGUCUUUCAGGUUAUUUUCCUCCAUUAUGUGAUCCAAAUGAUGGACAUCUAUUACUUGAUGGCGGAUAUGUAAAUAAUUUACCGGCUGAUGUCAUGUAUAAACUUGGUGCACAUACUGUUCUUGCUGUUGAUGUUGGAGCACAAGAUGAACAGAAUUUUUAUAACUUUGGUGAUCAACUUUCUGGUUGGUGGCUUUUGUAUAAACGCUGGAAUAUUUGGUCAACACCUGUCAAGGUUCCUGAAUUAAGUGAAAUUCAAACUCGCCUUGCUUAUGUAUCAUGUCAACGUCAAUUAGAAAUAGUAAAAAAUUCAAAUUAUUGUGAAUAUUUACGUCCACCGAUUGAUCGUUAUCGAACAUUACAAUUUGGUUCUUUUGAUGAAAUUCGAGAGGUCGGUUAUCAUCAUGGAAAAGCUGUCUUUCAUGGUUGGUCAAAAUUAGAAUCAUAUGAUGCUGUUUUUCUUAAACAUAAACUUCAUUCAUCUCGAGAAAAACAAUUACGAUUACGUAAACAAGAAUCCGCAGGGACAAAAUUCAUUGAUCUAGCUGAAUUAAUUACACGUGUACGUGACGCACCGAAAGAUGAUUAUGACGAUGAUGACGAUAUGGAUGGUGAUGAUGCAGAUGAAAUCGAAACAACUAACACUGAAGAUUCACAUACGUCCAUUUCAAGUUAUACAAGACUUCGUCCAAGAAGAAUACCACGGUCCACUAGAGGAUGGCUUACUACUGUUGGCGGUGGUUUAAAACGUUAUAGAAGACGAGUACGAUUACGUUCUCGUCCUGAAACACCGCCUAUACUCAUUCAAGGAGAAAGUCGAAAUCUACUAAACGUGACAAACCCUAAUGAUGACAACUAA